UAGUUUGUAUAUAAACAUCAAACUAAAAUUACGAAACAAAACGUGCAUCUGAAAUAAUUAUUUAGAGAAAUAAAUGAACACCAGAUGAUAAGAACUACUUUCUAUAAUAUAUUAUUGUUAUUGUGUCUGUCAUUAGUGAUCUACUAUAGUCUUAAUGUGUACUUCAUAAAUAAUCUCCAAUCAACUGUUGCGGAGAAUGGAAUCAACUUGGCUGACCGCGGUGUUUUAGAAUAUGCGGUCGAAAGGGCAAAGCCAAUUGUUAACCAUACUUUACAAAACAAACCACGUUCCGUGCAGAAUGCUAUAAUGCGCAAAGUCAAGACUUUGAAACCGGUAUUUCGGAACAAAAAUCCUAAAUAUGUCGGUAUAAAGCAAAAUCUGAUAAGCUGCUUUGUUCCGAAGUCGUACAACUUAAGUAAUGUGUGGAGAAUUGCAAAUUCGUGGCCCAAGAUUAAUGAAGUGUUUCCCGUGAAGGAUAAAUCCAUCGGUUCAGUCAUUAACGCUAUCAGAAUGGAGUCUAUUCACGGCAUUAAAAAUUCACGCAGAGGAACACAACUGAAACUUGUAUUGGAACUUACUGGUUCCCAAUUUGUGCUAUUUAAACCAAGCUGGUAUGCUCGAGAAGAUAUCAUUAACGGCACCGUUUACUCUGGCAAAGACCGACAUAACUCCGAAAUUAUUAGCUUUCAUCUUGCUGCCAUUUUAAACCUUCGAUACACACCGAUUGUUGCUGGACGAAGCAUUUCGCUUCGUAAUAACCUACAGUAUGCGGACGAGGCACUUCGCCAGACAAUGCCAGUUAUCAACAAUCAACAAUGUGCUUAUGGAUUUUGCCAUUACUGUAAAAGCGAUGAAACAGUAUGCGAUGAUCCAACGACCGGAACCCUCGAAGGAGCUGUUUUACUUACCAUACCGGGUAAAAUAGUGAAGUACAGAUCUCCGUGGCAACGCACAUACAAGGAUCAGUUGAAAGCUGAAUGGGAAAAGAACGAUAAUUAUUGUGCGCUAAUAAGAAAAAAGGUCCAGUUUGAUGUGCUUUUGGACCUCAUAGACGCGGCAAUAUUUGAUUUUCUCAUUCAAAACGGCGACAGGCAUCAUUAUGAAACGCGUGAAAACCGAGUAUUGUUGCUCGACAAUGGUAAAGGGUUCGGAAAUCCGUUCAUAGACCAUAUAGAUAUCCUUGCGCCAUUGUAUCAAUGUUGUAUCAUUCGACGCGCAACAUGGGAACGAUUACUAAUUUUCUCCGGAGGAGCACUAUCCGAAACGCUUGAAGAAUUGAACAAAUUAGAUCUUCUGUAUCCACUAGUCAUCAACGAACACUACAUUGCUCUCGAAAGACGGCUACUAUACGUUUACAGUACAGUAGAGCUUUGUAAGGAAAAAUUUGGUAAUAAAAUAUUUAAGUAAUUUUAUUGCAAUUACCAACAAACUCUUCUACUCAACAUUUUGCACAGCUCCACACUAACGGCGCUUGAAAACUUCUCCUAACCGAUAAGCCAGCGAUCCUCGUAUACGUUUUCCUCUUAGAGCAAGUCCAUUAGGUAACAGUGAAGGUUGACGAACAUAUAUUCCCCUUUUGCUAGGCGUCCAGGCACGAAAAGUAGCAUCACUAUUAUGCGGUAAGUUAACACCAAUCCAUCCAGCAGACGAUAAUAAAAUAUCACAAAUGGUGAUAUGUUUCUCCA